CGAGUCUCGGCCGCGCCGCCGCCCUGGGUGCGCGGGGAGAGCCGGACCGGCGCCGGGCGGGGACGAGACCUCCCGACGGGGCAGGCGCCUGAGGGGCCCCUUCCUUUUCCCCGCGCCGGGGCUCGGUCGGUCCCCCGCGCACCGGGGCCGGGCUCUGCCGUUCUCUGCCCGGCCUCGCUGCGCUCCGGGGGCGGCGGCGCAGCGAGACUGCAAGAAGAUUCCCAUCUAGCUUGCUGCAAAUUCCAAGGAAGGCACAACUGAAGGCACAUCUGCUGCCAUGGUGAAUGAGAAGCACGAUGGCAACCUGCUUGUGCAGCUGGGACCCAAACUGCAGGCCUACCCGGAGAAGCUGCUCCGGCAGCGUCGAGGCCACGACAGCCGGCCUGAAUACCUGAUCCAGUGGAGUGUGAUUAGCUCGGAAGAGAGAGCAGUGGGAGGCAGCAGUGCCUCCUGUGCAGAGACCAAGCCAGAGAACAUCUCGAUGUGGAUGUCUGCAGAAGAGGUCUGUGCCAGCUGCCCAGCACUGCUGGGCAAGAGGAAGCUUGAAGGGCCGUGGGUGAAAGAGGAGAAGGCACCAAGUCCGUUGGCUGCAGAUGUCCCACUGGACGAAGCCUCGCUGCUGGAGAUGAAGGCUGAUGUCAGGAGUCUGGUGCAGCGAGCCAUGCGGCAGGUGGCCGAGGCCGGGACACCCAAGUGCUCCAUCCUGAACACUGUGCACGUGCUGAGCGCCUACGCCGGCAUUGGCUCUCUGGCGGGUGCCUUCAGGGAGACGGGAGCCCUGGACGUGCUGAUGAAGAUGCUGUGCCACAGGGAGAAGCAGAUCCGCCACAGUGCCGGCAAGAUGCUGUGGACCCUGGCUUCGCAGGAUGCAGAGAGCCGGGCCUAUAUCCUGCGUUCCCUGAGCCAGCAGGAUGGCGUUGAGCAGCACAUGGACUUUGACAGUCGCUGCACCUUACUGGAGCUGUUUGCUGAGAUAACAUCCUCUGAAGAGCAGUGCAUGUCCUUUGAGGGGAUUCCCCUUCCACAGAUCCCUGGGAAGCUGCUGUUUGUCCUGGUGAAGCGCUACCUGUGUGUCACUUCUCUCCUGGACAAGCUGAGCAGUGGUGUGGAGCAGGGAGAGGAGCAGCAGGAGUGUGCUGUGCCCAGCCUGCUCCCUGAGGAGAGGAGCUGUGUGAAGCAGGAGUUUGAGUUCAGCAUGGCCAUGGCAAACCUCAUCUCGGAGCUGGUGCACGUGAUGGGCUGGAACCACAACCACAAGCCAGAGCUGCCACCCCGACAGGAGCUCCGGCCUCGCACCACCCGCUCCAUCUUCCAGCACAAGACUCCAGCCAGCACUGCUGUCCAAAUGCCUGUACUCAGUUCAAACCAUAGUGCCCACAAAAAGCAGGGCUGUACCUUCUUGACUCCGUCAGACUUCGCAGACAGCAGUGACUAUGUGGAGUACUUACAGGCAAACCUGGUGCGUGGCAUGAGGGUGCGCUUGCUGGAGGACUGUGGUGAUGUUAGAGCUGGGGAGGAAGGCGAGUUUCUUCAGAGCACAAACAGCAUGCACACAGUACAGGUUUUAUGGCGGUCAACAGGUCGAAUCUACUGGAUGCGUUGGCAAAUAUUGGAGAUUAUUGGCUUUGGAGACCAGUGGGAAGAUCCUGCUGCUCAGGAAAAGGAAUACAGUCCGAUAAAGAGCUUUAAUCUAGACACAGUUGCACAACCAUUUUUGUGCAAGCCCUUGGGAGGUCUGUACUCCCUGCCUUACCUGGGGCAGCCGCCGACCAAGGCUGCAGAGGCCCUGAGCCGUGCCGAGUGGUGGGAGCUGCUCUUCUUUGUGAAGAAGCUGGAAGCACAGGAGCAGAAAGAGAUCACCUUUCUCAUCCAGCAUGACCAGGGAGAGCAGGUGGAUGAAGAAGCCCUGAUCCGGCUGUCGGUACCUGUGGAGCUGGCCCAGAAGAUGCUGCAGGUCUUGGAGAAGCGGUGCCAGGGCAGCACUCUGCGUGACCUGCGUGGCUGCCGCGUGUAUGCCAGAUACUUGCUCAGUAGGGGAGCUGAGCAGGAUGGUGGGGGGAGCACCGCAGUGUCCUCAGAGGGCAGUGGCUGCAGGAGCAUUGGCUGUGAAGCCACGAUGGCCAAGGCAGCAAAGGAAGACCUUUCUGCAGCCACAGUACCGCCCCAAGCCUCCAGCGUGGCGAAGUCCGAUUCCCAGCUGUUCAGCGAGCUCCUUAGGAGUGAAGGGCUGUGCUUCCCAGAGGUGACGGAGGAGCAGAUCAAAGUGUUGGGCAGCUCCAAAGGGGUGAGCGAGAGCGGCUCGCUGGCCGAGAUUGCAGCCAUGGUGGAUGUGAUCCAGAGCAGCAGCUCAGCGGUGGGGCUGCGCUUAGCUGGGCUCAAGCAAAUCUUGAAGAUCCUGGAGGAGGAGCCCAAGUCUGAGCAGCAAGUUGGCACAGCCCAAGGCAGGCUGGGGACCGGGAGCGCUGGGGAGAAGCUGGUGCAAGUGGCAGUGGAGCUGCUGAGCACUGAGGUGGCAGAGAAGGCGCUGGUGGCAGUGAUGCUGCGGCUGCUGGCCGUGCUGAUGGCGCAGCACGACUGGCGUGUGCCGUUUGCCACGGAGGGCGGCGUGCGGGCCGUGCUGGCCUGCAUGCAGCAGCACAGCUCCUCCGCCCUGGUGCAGCAGGCUGGCCUGGCGGCCCUGAAGGUGCUGGUGGGAGCUGCAGAUGGUGAGCCAGCAGGUGGGAAGUCCUUGUCCUGGAACCAUGCUGAUGUGCAGAUGAUGCGGGAGAUCUUUGCCAGCAUCGGCUCUGCCUCCAGCGAGGGCUCUGCCAGUCUGCUGAGUACUAUCCCUGCUGCCCUGAGCACCAUGCAGAGGGUCCCAGGGGGCUCCUCAGGAGUGCAGAACGGCUUGCUGGUGGUGAACAUGCUGAUGGAUGGGCACCGGGGCCUGGCGGAGCAGCUGGCGAGCUGUGACCUCCUGGCGGUGCUGCAGAGCUGCUGGAGGGACGGGCAGAGCAGCGGCUGCCCUCAUGCGGUGCUGGCCCUACGCGCCAUCAACCGCCUCGCAGAGCACGGGCUGCCCCUGGGCCUGGAGGCAGCAGGCAGAGAGGCCCCACUGGACCUGAAGGGUGUGCGGAUGCUUCUGGGCAGCCUGGAGGAUGGCACUUUGUCCAAGGAGGUGGUGGUGGCCCUGGAACGGCAGCUCUGUGGUGAAGGCCCUGUCCCCUCUGGGCAGGUGUCCCAGCUGCUGCAGGACCACAGCUGCUUCAGGCUGCUGCUGCGCAGCUUGGAGCUGCUGGGGGCGGAGAAGGCUGUGAGCCUGAGCAUCCUCAGGAUCCUGAACAAGUUCCUGGACAGUUAUCAGGAGGAUGUGCUGCCCUGGCACGAGUGUGUGGAGCCCUGUGUGUCCUCCCUGAGCGCCCACAGCAGCAGCUGGGAGGUGCUGCAGGAGGUCGUUGGCUUCCUGCACCGCCUGGCCACUGCCAGCGAGGACUGUGUGGUGGUGAUGUGCCACGUGGGCACCCAUGAGGCUCUGUCCAAAGCCCUGGAAAAGCACAGUGUGGCUCCGUUGCUCGCACCGGCCCUGCUCAACCUGGUGACGGACUGUGAGAAGUACGCCAGCCUCUACAAGAAGCUGACAACCAGAAUCUUGGCUGGCUGCAUCCAGCUGGUCCUGGGGCAGAUUGAGGAGCACCGCCGGAGUCACCAGCCCAUCACCAUCCCCUUCUUUGAUGUCUUCCUGCAAAACCUGUGCCGAGGCUCCAGCAUGGAGGUAAAGGAAGACAAGUGUUGGGAGAAGGUGCAGGUCUCCUCCAACCCACACCAGGCCAACAAGCUCACGGACAGGAACCCCAAGACAUACUGGGAGUCAAAUGGCAGCACUGGCUCCCACUUCAUCACUGUGCACAUGCAGUGUGGUGUGGUGAUCAGGGAGAUGAGCAUGCUGGUGGCCAGUGAGGACUCCAGCUAUAUGCCAUCCCGCGUCGUGGUGCUGGGUGGGGACAGCCCUGCCACCAUCAGAACGGAGCUCAACACAGUUACCAUCCUGCCUUCAGACAGCAGAGUGAUCCUGCUGGAGAACAUGACCCACUUCUGGCCCAUCAUCCAGAUCCGGGUGAAGCGGUGCCAGCAGGGUGGCAUUGACACACGUGUGCGUGGCAUCGAGGUGCUGGGUCCCAAGCCCACUUUCUGGCCCGUCUUCAAGGAGCAGCUGUGCUGGCGGACAUUCCUCUCCUGCACUGCUCAGGCUCACGCCUGGGGCCAGGAGAUCUGCCGGGACCGAGGGCAACUGCUGCAACUCUUUGGCAGACUGAACCGGGCGCUGCAGCACGAGCAGGGCUUCGCCGACCGCUUCCUUCCUGAUGACAAGGCAGCCCGGGCAUUGGGCAGGACGUGCUGGGAGGCCCUGGUGAACCCCUUGGUGCAAAGCAUCACUAGCCCAGACCCUGAUGGUGUCAGUCCCCUGGCCUGGCUGCUGAGGGAGUACCUGGAGAACGUGGAGCCGCCCCACCGUGCCAGGGGACACAGGGCUGCCUUUGGAUCCUGUGUGCGGCGCCUGACCCAGCUCCUGGUGCACGUGGACCCUGGUGGCCCAGAGCCGGAGGAGACAAGAGCAGCUGGUGGGAAGGCAGGGAAGAACAAGGAGGUGCCGGCCAGGGCUGCGAAGGCAGUGGUGGAGAAGUCGAGCGGCCUGUGGGGAAUCUCGCAGUGCUGGCGUGGCGUGGUGCAGCAGCAGGUGCAGCAGUUCCUGGAGGCAGCAGGGCAGGUGCCAGACCUUGCGGAGCAAUACUGCGGGCUGUACCAGCGCCUGCGCAGUGCCACAGAGGAGCUCUUUGGGCAGCAGGCCGCCUUCAUGCUGGCCCUGGGCCAGGGCUUUGCAGGGGCUUUGCUGCAGCUCUCCUUCCUGACUGCCCUGCAUGUGAGUGAGCAGUUUGCCCGCUACCUUGAUGUGCAGAUCCAGGAGCUCCGCAGGGCAGCACAGGGCAGCACAGGGCCGCUGGAGCGGCUGCAGCAGUUCUUGGAGCCCUUUGUUGUCUUCAGUGGCCUGGAGCUCGCCCAUACCUUCGAGCACUUUUACAGGCACUACCUGGGAGACCGGCUCCUGACACAAGGACCGUCUUGGCUGGAAGGAGGCAUCGUGGAGCAGAUUGGGCUGUGCUUCCCCAGCCGCUUUCCCCAAGAUAUGCUGAGCAACUUGGCUGAGUCAGAGGAGCUCCAGCGGCAGUUCUACCUCUUCCAGCUGCAGGAGCAGGAUAAGCGGCUGCUGGAGCUGGACAAGGGCCUGGAUGAGGUGCUGGAGACAGCCUCGGUGACAGAUGUGCCAGAGGUGAAGGUCCUGGCCCUGUCCCCGCGCUGCUGGCCUGUUUCCCCACUCUGUUACAUGGAUAACCCUGGGAGGUUUUUCUCAGCAACGCUGAGCUCCCCCCUGGAUGAGUUUGCCGACUUCUGCCAGCAGAGCCAGAGCCGGCUGGGCUGGGAGUGCACAAAGCCCCAGCGAUUGCAGUGGACAUGGCUGGGCCACGCUGAGCUGCAGUUUGGAGACUGUGUCCUCCACGUGUCCACGCUACAGAUGUACAUCCUGCUGUGCUUCAACAGUGCCGAGGAGGUGACUGUGGAGGCCCUGCUGCAGGCUACAGGGCUCCCUGCUGACCUGGUGCACCACGCGCUGACACCGCUGACCCACGGCCAGGGCGUCCUGGUGCAGAGCUGCAUGCCAGGAGGUGAAUGUGGGGCCGGGGCACCCCUGGGGAGGUGCUGCUCUGAAACCAUUGAUGCCUGUCAGAAGGGCAGGUUGGGGCCAGGUGUGCAGUUCCUGAGCUUCUGCUGCCACAGCGUGGACGUGCUGUCCUGCGUCCUGCACCUGUUGAACCAGGGCUAUCUCCGGCGCCAGGAGGGGAGGCCUCAUGUCUUGGAAUACAUCUCUGCUGAACCUACGACACCUCUUGGGGGCCAGGCACAGAUGACUUUCCAUUGCAGGCCACCACAGGCAUCUCCAGAUGAGGACAGCAUAGACAGCCUGCAUUGGUUGAAUCCUGGCAUAGACAGGGCGGAAGAAUAUCUUAUGGCAAUGCUGCAGGUGCCAAUGGGGCACACGCUUAGUCCAGAGGAGGCAAAGCUGCUCAUGAACCAGACAGUACAGCAGGUCCAGGACACUCUGAGCAUAUCGGAUGACGUUGCUCGGCACCUCCUCAUGCACUGUAGGUGGAACGUGGAUUUCCUGAUCCAGUGCUAUGUGGAGAACCGUGAUGCUCUGCUCAUCUCCUCGGGGCUGCAAGUGCAGGAUGUCCAGCCUCCUCCGAGCCCUGGAACCCACUGCCCAGUCUGUGUGAACCAGCUGUGUCCCACUGAGAAGCCACCAACCCUCUGCUGCAUGCACUACUGCUGCAAGCCCUGUUGGAGUGAAUAUCUCACGACUCGCAUUGAACAGAACAUGGUUGUCAACUGCACCUGUCCCAUAUCCGAGUGCUGUGCACAGCCAACCACAGCCUUCAUUUACUCCAUCGUGUCCUCUGAGGAGAUCAUAGCGAAGUAUGAAAAAGCCCUCCUCAGACGCUAUGUUGAGUGUUGCUCCAACCUGACAUGGUGCACCAACCCUCAGGGCUGUGAUCAGAUCCUCCUUAAGGAUGGACUUGGUUAUGGAGCAGCCUGUUCCAAGUGCUCCUGGAUAUCCUGCUUCAACUGCAACUUCCCAGAGGCCCAUUAUCCUGCCAGCUGCAGCCACAUGUCUCAGUGGGUAGAUGAUGAUGGAUACUAUGAAGGAAUGACAAGUGAAGCCCAAAGCAAACAUCUGGCUAAGCUCAUUUCGAAGCACUGCCCAAACUGCCAGGCUCAGAUAGAGAAAAAUGAGGGUUGCCUGCAUAUGACAUGUGCAAAGUGUAGUCAUGGCUUCUGUUGGCGUUGCCUCAAGCCCUGGAGACCGAAUCAUAAGGAUUAUUACAACUGCUCUGCUAUGGUGAGUAAAGCAGCUUGGCAGGAGAAGCGUUUUCAGGAUUACAAUGAGAGAUGCACCUUUCAUCAUCACGCAAGGGAAUUUGCCACGAGUCUGAGGAACAGUAUUUCUUCCAUCAGAGAGAUGCCAAAAAUUAGGAACUUGACCUUUGUUCUUGAUGCCUGCAAAGUGCUAGAACAGGCACGGAAGGUGCUGGCUUACUCCUGUGUGUACAGCUACUAUAACCAGGACACUGAGAGCAUGGAUAUUGUGGAACAGCAGGCUGAGAGCCUAGAGCUGCUCACUAAUGCUCUGCAAAUCCUUCUGGAGGAAACUCUGCUGCAGUACCAAGACCUGGCCUCUUCUCUUCAGCUUCUGAAAGCAGAGCAUUUUAGUGCCGGUUUGGAGUUGGUACACCAGAUCAAGGAGCGUCUCUUUGCAAUUCUCUGGCACUCCACACAGGAUUUCCAUGUUGGGCUCCAGUCUUCAGGAGAUCCUGGUCAGAGAAAGUUGAAACUCGCAAAUGUGCCUACUUCAGCCCUCGCCUAUACAGGGCAAAAUCGUACCAUCUUGUGUGACUCCCCCAACACAGAUGAAGGUGGCAAAGAGGUUGAAGAUGAGGAGUAUGAUCCACAGUGGCAGGAAGACUAUGAUGACGAUGAUGACCUUGAUGAAGACAACUUUAUGAUUGAUAAUGAAUCAGAUUGUGAUUCCUACUUUGAUGAUGAUGAUAGCUAUCAUAGCUAGAAGACCACCAUAGAAGUGGUCUGUCACCCAGCCUGCCAGCCUGGACCUCUGCCUCUACUCUGUCUCAACCAGUUUGUGUUAGUGUUUUUCCUCAAAGGCAGGGAGGAACUCUCAAGUGGAACAAAACAUUUCCUCUGGGAGGCUAAUUGCUCAGUGACUCUUCUUUAAGAUGCAGAAACAUUGCUCUGGGCAGCUAGUCUGUGUUCCUGUGGCCACCUCUCUCAGAUACCUCCUUGCCUUUUUUCCUUGUCUCCAAUUCUGCCUAUAGGUAUUUAAUUGAGUUAGAAAGUCACAGUCCACCUGCAAAGUUAAGACUACUUGCUACCUGUUAAAGGGCUGCUCAUUGUCCUUGGAUGUGCUCUUCCCUGGGCACAGGUAAGUGUGGCACUGUUUAAAAAUGGCCAGUGUCUAGAAACGCUGUAGAGUGAUGCAUUUACACUCAAGUCAAAGCCUCGCAUCUGGAGCUGGUGGGAUUCCCUCCAGAGCCACAGAUGGAUGUGGUUCAGUUCCUCUGGUUGAGAGGGGCAGCAUUUUUACUGUUGGAGUUUUCUUCUCUGCUGUGAAGCAGGAAAGGCUACUAUGAGUGACACAAGUUUGCAGGACUGUUUAAGUGUAUAAACAUAUGUUAUAUAUAUAUAUAUGCAGAGAUUGUUCAGAUAAUACUUUAUCUUUGCAAAAAAAAAAA